AUGAACGCGGCUCUCGCGCACGGCGCGGCGAUCCGUUGCUGCCAUGGGCAGAGCAGCGCCCGCGCGAGCCUUGCGGCGGCGAUGCGCCCCCCGGCGCGGCGCUGCGGGGCGGGGAUGCGAGCGAUGAGGACGCGAGCGUCGUUCCUCGCCGCUGACGUGCGCGAGCGCGCGAGGAUUUCCGCGCCUGCCCCCCAGCGGAGCGUGCGGGCGCGUGCCGGCAGCGUCGCGAGCGACUUCGACUCCGGGGUGAUGGAGCCCGAGGCGAACGAGAUGCUCCGGUGGCUGAUUGAGGACAAGCAGGGUCCGGCUCAGGCCGUCGAGCCCCGGGCGCAGGAGGAGAUCUUCGGCAACCGCCUCGCGAUGGUCGUCACGCGCGACGUCCCCGCCGGGGGGGUCGUCGUCGAGAUCCCGGGGGACCUCUGCGCUACGUCGACCGACGUCUCCAACACCCCGGGGGGAGUCGCCGAGGCCGCAGCGGGCCGGAGCGAACUCAUCGGCCUCGCGCUCUGGCUCCAGCGCGAGCGCGCCCUCCUGGCCCGAGGAGAGUCCUCGCCGUGGGCGCCCAUGGUCGCGGCGCUGCCGCAGGCCACGCUGUCGCCCCUGUUGUGGUCCGAGGCGGAGGUCGACGAGCUGCUCGCCGGGUCGCCGGUGCGCAAGGAAUGCAAGGACCGCGUCGUGACGCUGCGCAGGGAGUGGGACGCGCUCGCGCCGAGCCUCGAGGACGAGACCGCGACGUUCGACGGGUUCCUGGAGGCCUUUUGUGUCGUGGUGGCGACGGCGACGUACCUGCCGAGCGCCGGGUGCUUCGCGAUGGUGCCGCUGCUGACGCACGUGCGGCGGAGCCCCGCCACGGGCGCCGCGGACGUGGACUACGACGUCGAGAACGGCUGCGUCGUCGCCGUGGCCGAAUCCCCCCUGCGCGGCGGGGAGGAGCUGCGCCUGUCAGACCCGCGGCCCAACUCCGAACUCCUCCUCGCGACGGGCCGCAUCGAGGAGCCCAACCCGGCCGACUGCAUCAUCUACCGCUCGUCGCUCGUCGCGGCGGACCGCAUGUUCGAGCUCAAGCGCCAGGUCGUCGAAGCCUCGGGCCUGUCCGCCGACAACCAGGAAUUCCCUCUGUUCGCGGACCGCAUGCCGAACCAGCUGCUGUCGUACCUCCGCCUCUCGCGCGUCCAGGACCCCGCCGAGCUCGCGAAGAUCUCGUUCGAGCAGGACGCGCUGGUGAGCCAGAUGAACGAGUACGAAGUGCUGCAGCUGCUGAUGGCGGACCUGCGCGACAUGAUCUCCGCGUACAAGACCGAGGUCGAGGAGGACGUCAAGCUGCUCCAGCGCCGCGACGCGACCCCGCGCGAGCUCGUUGCGUGCCGGCUGCGCCUGCUCGAGAAUGCGGUGCUGCGCGGGAGCAUGGACGGCGUGCGCCGGAAGCUCGCGCCGAUCCGGGGGAUCCCGACCAAGGACGGGCGGAUGGAGGACCCGAACGCGGACCUGCUCGAGAUCUUCGAGACGCUCGAGAAGAUCCCGCAGGUGCCGGGGCAGCUGGUCAAGGGGCUGGUGUCGUGGGCGCGCGGCGACGACGACCCGGAGUGGAAGGAGAAGAUCUCGGGGGGCAAGGGGGGCAAGAAGGGCGCGCCCGCGUCGCCGUUCGAGGGCGGGGGCGCCAAGCCCGCCCCCGGGCGGAAGAAGAGCAAGUACGACCCCAGCAACUUCAGGUGA